AUGGUCUUCGCUGUCCCAGGGCCAGGGUGCUUUUGCCGGGUUGGGCUCUGGCUCUGGAUCCUUGCCACGGCGGACGGACGCUUGGGCCAGAACAGGACCAGCACCAAUACGUCUGUGAGCAACAUCUCCGUGCCGCACAUGACCUUCGUUGCACACAUGACCUUCGUUGCGCAAGUGGAGCAGAAGUUUCAGAAUCUGACUCAUGGUGGUAAAGAUGUUUUCAACAGUACCCGCGCAGCCACGGGUUGCAGCGGGUGCCUUCAAAACUGCAACACUGGAAUGACAGCAGCUUGCAACCUGGACUUCCGUACCAAUUUGACUGGGUUGCAGCUCUGUCUUGUGCAGGCCUCCAACUUCUGCUCGACACACUGCAUGACCAUGGGUCUCAUCUCGUCUUGCAACAGUGGCUGCCUCCGAAAUUGCGACACAGGAAUGGUAGCGGCCUGCAGCCUGGAUUUCCCAACCAAUUUCACCGGGCGGCAGCUGUGCUUUGUGGAUAGUUCCAAUUUUUGUGCAACCCACUGUAUGACGAUGGACAUCAUCGGCGGCUGGCGCUGA